CCGUGAUUACAUAUAUAGUCUUUUGUUUUCCUUCGAUGUCCUCUCGGUGUCACUGUAACACUGGCAAACGACAGAAGACUUUGUCCCUCCCAUGAAAAAGCUUUUUCUUUGUCGCAAGGCAGCCGUUUGAAUCGAGCACGGCAGCUGAUGGAUUCGUGUUGUGGAUUUUGGAAACGUGCGAUUCACAACGGGUUGGACGUAGAAGGGCUUUUGUCCCAGUAACAGUUUUUCUCGUGUUUUCUCUGAGCUGUGGUAUAAUGAUGGGGACAGAUAGACCAAGUCGGGCGCGGGAGGACUGUUUGCUUGUGUUUCAUUUGGCUCUGCUGCUGAUUUUCGGAAAGCAGGCCUUUGCUCAGAUAAGAUACUCCAUUCCAGAGGAGGUGAAAGAAGGAACUGUUGUUGGAAAUGUUGCGAAGGAUCUUGGCCUUGACAUCACCUCUUUGACUGACCGACGGUUUCGCGUUGUGUCUGGAUCCAAGGAGACUUUUUUCGAGGUAAACCCGAACAAUGGGGCUCUGCAUGUGCAUAAGAAAAUCGACAGAGAGGAGCUCUGCCGCGGAAGUGGUACGUGCAUAAUGGAGCUAAAAAUUCUAGUCGAAGACCCUUUGGAAAUGCACCAUGUAAUCGUAGAAAUCACUGAUGCAAAUGAUCAUUCUCCCAGUUUCCCUGAGAAAGAACAGAGAUUUGAAAUAGCUGAGCACACAUUGCCAGGUAGGCGAUUUCAGCUGCACACCGCUCGUGAUCCCGAUGCUGGAGUUAACUCGAUUCGCACAUACACUAUAACACCAAAUGAACAUUUUGAAGUAGAUAUUCGUCAUAGUGAUGAGGAUAAAAUACCGUUUUUAGUGCUAAAAAAGUCCUUAGACAGAGAACAAAAGGACAAACACACGCUGCUGGUCACAGCAGUUGAUGGAGGUAAACCUCCAAGAUCAGGGACGCUAAAUGUUUCCAUUGUUGUUCUUGACAGUAAUGAUAAUCGUCCAGUGUUUAGUCAGGAGGUUUAUCAGGUUGAAAUACAGGAAAAUGUUCCAGUGGGUACUUCAGUAUUUAGACUGAAUGCCACGGACCCUGAUGAGGGCAGUAACGGAGAAAUUGAAUACAGCCUUGGGAAAACUCUUAAGAAAAAAGUCUAUGAAAUUUUUGAGCUGGACAAAAUAACUGGAGAGAUUAGAGUGAAAGGAAUAGUGGACUAUGAAGAAAACGACGUUUAUAAACUGGAUGUCGAGGCGUCAGAUAAAGGAACACCACCAUUAACAGGUGAGUGUAGAGUCAUUAUAAAGAUAAAAGAUGUCAACGACAAUCCACCAGAAAUAGAAGUCACAUCACUGUCAAAUACAGUGUCUGAAGACUCCAAACCUGGAACAGUAAUUUCACUUAUUAGUGUGACAGAUAAAGACUCCGGUGUAAAUGGAAAAAUAAUUUCACGCAUAACCUCCGACGUACCUUUUGAGUUAAAACCUUCCUAUAAGGAGAACAUAUAUUCAGUUGUCACGAAGGGAUUUUUGGAUCGAGAGGAGGUGUCACACUAUGAAAUAACAAUACAGGCCACUGAUUGUGGUGAACCUCCCUUAUCUACGUUUAAAACUCUCAACAUUCAGAUAUCAGAUGUGAAUGACAACAGUCCACAUUUUGAGCAAAAUCCAUUACAGUUUUAUCUGUCAGAGAAUAACGUUGCUGGAGCGUCAAUAUUCUCUGUAAGCGCAAGUGACAAUGAUGUGAGUGACAAUGCAGUGAUUUCCUAUCAUAUAGCGAGAGGAAAUGAUGUAACAUCUUUCCUCAACAUAAAUCCAGAUAAUGGACAAAUUUCCGCCCUAAAAAGUUUUGACUUUGAGACCCUGAAAACAUUCCAGUUCCAAGUCGUGGCCACAGACUCUGGAACUCCGUCACUGAGCAGCAACGUCACAGUGAACGUGUUCAUUCUGGAUCAGAACGACAACGCUCCAGUCAUCCUGUAUCCAGUCAGCUCCAACGGCUCUGCUGAAGGUGUGGAGGAGAUUCCCCGCAAUGUGAACGCAGGACACUUGGUGACUAAAGUCAGAGCCUAUGACGCUGAUAUAGGAUAUAACGGCUGGUUACUCUUUUCACUGCAGGAAGUCACUGACCACAGUCUCUUUGCUUUGGACCGCUAUACAGGACAGAUCAGAACACUUCGCUCAUUCACAGAGACAGACGAGGCUGAGCACAAACUGCUCAUACUGGUCAAAGACAAUGGGAACGUUUCCCUCUCAGCAACAGCUACUGUGAUUGUCAAAGUGGUGGAGCCCAAAGAGGCUUUUGCAGCCUCUGACGUUAAAAGUGCAGCCAAAGAUGAUGAGGGGAAUGAUGUGACUUUUUAUCUCAUCAUAACUUUGGGCUCAGUUUCAGUCCUUUUCCUCAUCAGUAUCAUCGUGCUGAUUGCAAUGCAGUGCUCCAAAUCCACAGACUAUACUUCUAAAUAUCUACAAGAGGCUAAUUAUGACGGGACACUGUGUCACAGCAUCCAGUACAGAUCUGGAGACAAACGCUACAUGUUAGUUGGACCCAGAAUGAGUAUAGGAUCUACUAUUGUCCCUGGCAGCCACGCCAACACACUGGUGCUCCCUGACAGGAGACGCACUUCUGAAGAGGUAAGAGCUUGA